AUGAUCCACCAGAUGGCACCAUGGGUGCCUCAGUUUAUACAAUCGUGGAAGAAUCAUUCCCAAACGUUUACGCCAUUCUAUUUCGCUACGAUAGACCCAUUGACCAAUAAACCUAAAUGCCGUACCGUCAUUUUCCGUGACUUCCUCUUCCACGACAAGCGCAGUAACGUGCUUACGUUCACGACAGACCUGCGCGGCGACAAGGUCAAGGAAAUCCUAGCUUCGGGUGCCGAAACUGCUCCGUUCGAGGCGUGCUUCUAUUUCCCAAGCACCUGGGAGCAGUAUCGUUUCAGUGGUAAAUGUUUUGUCGUGUCGCAGAAACAAGCGCCACCGAUCUCCAGCAUGUACAACCAAACGGACCCAGGAACCAUAGAGUACCCGAUCUUGUCGCCCGGUGUUUACGGCGAAGACCAGGUGCUGUACCAACAUGAGAACGACCAGGAGUCGGAUCACGAAUCCGACUCCGAGAGCGAAGUCGCGUCCGACGGGACUCGUCCUUCUCCGCCAGAAGCGCGUCGCCCAGAGCUUUCUCGCUGCUCCACGCGCAGCUCGAACGGCCUCAAACACAGCAAUCAUAUCUUGGGACCCAAGGACUACUCCCCUCCACUGGCGAAGGAGUGGAGCUUGGAACUGAAUCGGCAGUGGGCAAACCUGUCGCGUUCUACGAAGGCACAGUUCCGGAAGCCUGAUCCUGGCGUUCCACUCACGUCCGGGACCAGAAAACAGCUCGACAAGAUCCAACGCGGGGUAGACGGCGCCAAGGAAGAUGCUGGCUUUGACCAUUUCGGCGUUGUGUGCCUUUGUAUUGAAGAAGUGGAUUUCUUGAAUCUUAAGGAUGGCCGCGGCGGCGAAAGAUGGAAGUAUCACCGCAACGUCGAUGCUAGCAAUGGCGUAGAGACCUGGAAUGAAGCUGAAGUGUGCCCUUAG